AUGAUUUCAAAAUUCGCAAAAUCCAUUUACAAUUAUGGGACAACAUCAGUUAUUUUUGGAAAAAAUGCUAGAGAUGAAAUUAUCAAAGGCAUUCAAACUCUUAAUAAAGCUACUUCUUCCACCUUAGGACCAAAAGGAAGGAAUGUUUGCAUAGAAAAUGAAUUAAGACUACCACGUAUUACUAAAGAUGGUGUGACUGUUGCAAAAAAUGUUAUGUUUAAAAGCAAACUAUAAGAAAUAGGAGCAUCUCUCUUGAGAAAAGCUUCAGGAUCAACUAAUGUUCAUGCUGGAGAUGGAACCACAAGUACAAUAAUUAUAGCUGAAGCAAUCUUAAGGGAGAGUAGCAGAUUUUUAGAGUAUAAAGCCAAUCCAAUUGAAAUGAAAAAAGGCAUGGAUAAAGCAAGAAAGCACAUAGUUGAGUUUUUAAAUGAAAUAUCGAUACCAAUAGAAACAAAAGACCAGCUCUACAAAGUAGCUAUGGUAUCUACCAACUAUGAUAGUGAAAUGUCUAGCUUAAUAUCUAAUGCACUAUGGGAGGUAGGUGUUGAUGGCUUAAUAGAAAUUGAACCAGGAAACCAAUUAAAAAAUGAAUUAUUUUUUGUUAAUGGAGCUACAUUAAAUAGAGGCUUUGCAUCAAGAGAAUUCAUAGUAAAUAAAUCUUAAAAUAAAGUUGAAUAAAGCUAUCCUUUAAUUUUAGUUGCUAAUUUUCCAAUUUAGAAAAUAAAAGAAGUUGUUCCUGCCCUUGAAUUAGCAAAGAAGCUAAACAAGCCACUUUUUAUUAUAGCAGAGGAUAUAAGCAAUGAAGUUAUUUCAAAUCUAAUUUUUAAUUAAUUGAAGGGUAUAAUUGAGUGCUGUGCUAUUACUGUACCAGGAAUGGGAGCUUUUUCUAAAAAUAUUCUUGAAGAUAUUUCUCUGUUGACUGGUGCUAAAUUAUUUGAUUAGAAUAACUAUUCAGAAUUUAUAAAUUUAAAAGAGAGAGAUUUUGGAAAGUGCUAAAAAAUCUAAUGCUCUGAAUUAGAAACAUUUUUUUCUGGAAGUUAUGGAGAUAAGAAUCUAAUUGAUAAAAAAAUUGAAGAGCUACAAAUGUAGAUGAAGGAUUCAAGUGAAACUUCUAAAAAAAUUUAUAAAGACAGAUUAGCUAGAUUAUCAGGAAAGAUGGCAAAAAUAAUGUGUGGAGGAAAUACUGAGUUUGAUAUAUUUGAGAAUAGAGACAGAUUGGUUGAUGGGUUAAAUGCUGUUAAGAAUGCUCUAAAGAGCGGUAUUCUUCCUGGUGGUGGCAUUUGUAUGAUAAGGGCAUCAUAGCUAUUAGAUUAUGUUGAAGUAGAUAACGAAGAACAGCAAUAUGGUAUAGAUAUUCUUAAAAAAGCUCUUUUAUAACCUACUAUAACAUUGUUGGAAAAUGCUGGGAAAAAUGGAAGAGUAGUGGUUGAAAAAAUUAAAGAGCUUUCUUUAGAAGAUCCAUAUGUAGGCUAUGAUGUAAACACAGAUGAGUACAUAAAUUUAACUGAAAGAGGUAUCUUUGAUUCAUUGAUUGUUGCAAAAACUACUAUUGAAGAUUCUAUUAGUGUGGCAUCUAUGAUUCUUACAACAGAAGUUGCAAUUAUUAAAGAUUACACAUAUGAAGCUCCUAAGUAUAAUACAUACAGAAGAGAAAUAUUUUGA